AACAGCAACAACGUUAUGAACCUUAUCCAAAGAAUGGUGAUCUAGUGGCUUGGCGUCCCCAUUGGUAUUUACAAACCUUUAUUGGUCAUCUUCUUUUCGGCCAUUUAUAAAAGAUAAUUCUAUAUAAAUGAAAGAACGAUUUUUCAAAAGUAAUCUAAUGUUUCUUACCUUGUGGUUAAAGUAAUAGCGACUAACCAAAAUCAAUCCCAUAUGGCUGCUGAAACGAACUCAUGUAUGUUUAGCCGACGACUCCCAAUUAUACUUAACUUGUUUGUCAAAGAGUCGGAAAGUAUGACAUGCAAUUCACAAUAUAUGAUUUAAGAUUAUUAUCUUGUGGCACCUACAAAGGAAUCAAAUCAACAAAGAUUAAAACAUAUCACUUAAAGAAAAAGAAGAUGCCUAUCUAAAUAUCAUCUAAACGUCCAAAUUGCCGACAAAAACGUCCAAAUUACAGAAUAGUUCAUCACCAUUGUGAAUAUUAAUCUUUUUGAUUGAGUACUUUAAUUUUUGUGCAAGUUAUUUUGCAAUAAUCAUAACUCAUAAUUUAGAUGUGACACCUACUCGUUUUUUGUAAGAAAAAAAUUCACAAAUUGUUCAUGAUUAAAUAAUUCACAACAUAUAAACAAACUGGCCACAAGUCUGAGAUAAUCUUGAUUUGUUUUCUUCCUCAAAAUCUAUCUUCCUUCUCUCCCUAGCUUCCCUACAAUGGAGCUUCUACACUCUGCAGCCAUUCCAAGCAAACAAAAGCUACUCAUUGUAGUGACCAUUUCCAUAUCUCUUUUCACCAUCAUCCCUCUUCUCUACCCUUUUGUUGAAGACCCUAACUUCUUCCUCAAGCUACAACAUCCAAGCCAAACCAGCAUCGUCAAGCUCCAAGACAGUGUUGCAACCCGACGCGGAAGCUGCGACAUAUUCUCGGGAGAGUGGGUUCUUAACCCUGAGGCACCUUACUACACCAACACCACGUGCUGGGCGAUACAUGAACACCAAAACUGCAUGAGGUUCGGAAGACCUGACACGGACUUCAUCAAGUGGAAAUGGAAACCCCAUGGAUGUGAAGAUGACUUGCCGGUUUUUGAUCCGCUUCGGUUUCUUGAGACCGUGAGAGGUAAAACCAUGGCGUUUGUUGGUGACUCUGUUAGCAGAAACCACAUGCAGUCUUUGAUAUGUCUUCUCUCUCAGGUUGAAUAUCCAGUCGAUGCUUCAGUUAACACUAGCGAUUAUUUCAAAAGAUGGACGUACGAGACAUACAAUUUCACCAUCGCUCCAUUUUGGUCAACACACUUGGUAAAGUCCACAGAACCCGAACCGGGCAAGACAGAGCAUAGUGUUUUUGAUCUAUACCUCGAUGAAGCAGACGAGCGUUGGACAGCAGAGAUAGGAGACUUCGACUACGUGAUCAUCUCCUCAGGCCAUUGGCAUUACCGACCAUCGGUCUACUACGAGAACAAUACCAUCAUUGGUUGCCGUUAUUGCCAAUUACCAAACAUAACCGACUUCUCGAUGUUUUACGGGUACAGAAAAGCGUUUAGAACAGCGUUUAAAGCGAUCUUGGAUACGGAGACAUUCGAGGGCGUUUUGUAUUUACGUACGUUUGCACCAUCGCAUUUCGAGGGUGGGUUAUGGAACGAAGGAGGGAACUGUCUGAGGAGAGGACCUUAUCAGAGGAACGAGACUCAAGACGAUGUGACGAUGAAGCUACACAGGAUUCAGGUGGAAGAGUUUGAGAGAGCUGAAGUAGAAGCCAAGAGGAAAGGGAAGAGGUUUAGACUAUUAGAUACGACUCAAGCGAUGUGGCUUAGGCCCGAUGGUCACCCGAGCCGCUACGGUCAUCUUCCUGAGGCUAAUGUCUCGUUGUACAACGACUGUGUCCACUGGUGCCUGCCUGGUCCGAUAGAUAACCUAAAUGACUUCUUACUCGCUAUGAUUAAGAGAGAAGAAGAGAAAGGACUAUUGGCUCAAGUUCGGAAAAUGAUGUCCUAAUGCCAAAACCGAAAGUCUUUCCUGCUCUGUUUUUUAAUUGGAUUUAAUGAAUAGUCAAAUAUUGUCCAUGAUUAUUUGAUCA